CAGAGAUGCAUCAUCUUUUUAUCAAAUGUUUCACGAUCAUAACCAUAAUGGAUCAUGCUGCUAGCAAAAUAAAAUUAGUCACGCACUACCUGAGUUGCUCGAUUAAACCUGUGUCUAUGAUAAUAAAACAAGACUUGCGUUUUCAAACCGAAGGCACCAAACUCCAAGGGCUCCACAGAAGAGCACAAUACAAAAAAGAUGCUAGCCACUAGCCCAUUACUUUCAAAAGCAAAUUUUGAGCCUUUUUAUGGAGAGGCCAUGGGGAAUGGAAGGCAUAUGACACUUGAUGAGACUUAAACUAGAUGAUGAUGAUACCCCCAAGUGUACUGCAAUUAACAACACAGACUAUAGCUUGUCUUAUCCAAUCUUCCAUAUAUUGGGACAACCUGACACUGUCCUUCAUCCCUUUACAUACAUGGUGUACUUGUUUGAAUUCCUUCCGACAGAUCCUAGCAUACAUGAUCAUGACUUCAUGAGUUGAUGACACUAUUAGCUGCAAAUCCUACCAUCUAACUCAGUCUCUGGAAGUGGAUCCCUCUCUGAGAGUCUUUCAAGUGUUUCCAUCAGAUACAAAGGCUAGCGCUACUCCUCCAAACUAAUCACUGGCGUGAUUUGAGUCCAGUUCUUUCAAUCAACACUAAGCAUCAAGUUUUAUCAGGCAAUGGAGCGAUGCCUUGAGCCGCAGGAGCAGCACAAUAAUGCGCAGCUUCCAAGGCUCGAGGGCAUCGAGGAGGAAGGCGGUCCCGCUGAGAAGUGGCCUCCCACGUCAGUCCGGCCACCAGAGACACCGACGGAGACGAUGGAGUUCCUCGCGAGGUCAUGGAGCUUGUCAGCCGCAGAGAUCUCCAAGGCCCUCAAGGUCCUGAGCAGCAAGGCCGCUUCUGACGCCCCCGCCUCUGUCGCUGUCGCUACGACGGAGCAGAGGCCACCACUUGACAGCCAUCAACAUGAACAGAGAGCAGACGCGGCAAUGGCCGCGGCGGCGCAGGCAAGUGAAGCCGGUGGAGCACUGAGCUCGCCCGUCUCACCCAGGGCCAACCUGGACGUCAAGCUGCUUCGAGCCGCGGGGAAGGGGAAGACGGUGGGCGCGUGGAUCAAGGAGCAGAGGGAGAAGAAGCGCGCCGAGGCCCGGUCCCGCAACGCGCAGGCCUACGCGGCGACGUCCGUGGCGGGUGUCGCCGCGGCGGUCGCGGCUCUGGUGGCCGGGGCGGUGUUCUCGGCGCCUCCGCCGGAGCAGCGGUCCAAGAACGGGGGCGCGAACGGCGCCACCAAGACCGCGGCUGCCGUCGCGUCCGCGGCCGCGCUGGUGGCGUCGCACUGCGUGGAGAUGGCGCAGGCGAUCGGCGCCAGCCACGACCAGAUCCUGGCAGCCAUCCACUCCGCCGUGAACGCGCAGACCAGCGGCGACGUCAUGGCGCUCACCGCCGGCGCGGCAACGGCUCUGCGCGGGGCUGCGAUGCUGAGGGCGAGGCUUCACAAGGAGAUUCAGGCAACAGCUUUGCCCGGAGACGGCAGGGAGGCGGACAGGGACAUAUCGCCGUUGGCCUUUGUCUCCAGAGGCGGCGAGCUUCUCAAACGCACCAGGCAGGGUAUCCUCCACUGGAAGCUUGUCACAGUGUACAUAAACUCCAGCUUCCAGGUAGUGAUCAAGAUGCAGAGUGCACAUAUGGCCGGCACCUUCAUCAAAACCAAAAAGUGUGUCGUCCUUGAUGUGUGCUCUGAGAUACCAGCAUGGGCAGGCAGGGAGCUUGAGGAUGGAAGCCAUAAGAGAGGAUACUUCGGAAUCAGGACAGUUGAAAGGGUAAUCGAACUCGAGUGCAGGAACAAGUAUGAUCAGCAUAAGUGGGUUCAGGGCAUCACAGAGAUGCUCAACCGUCGUGAUAACAUGAAAAAUGCCUUGUAAAUGCUAAUAAAGCAAAAUAAAAAAUGUUCUGAUUUGUGCUGAGAAGUGAGAUAUUGCAUGAGAACAAGGAGAGCGAAGUAAAGAUAGCUUAUUCUCCUUUAUUUUCUUUUCGCUAAAUUUCUGCGGACACUAAGUGAUCUCUUAAUAGACGUUUUAAAUCAGAUUAUGUAUAUAUGGGCUUGAAUGCUUUAAAUA